UUUCAGUUUUACUUUAGCCAGUUACUUAGUUAACUGCAGUUCAUUCUUAUCUACUAUAGAAGAAAACGAUAUGGAAAUAGCAAAGGAAUUAGUAUUAAAUUUAAAACAAAGUAAUUGUUCACAUGCAGGAUAUGGUUUACAAAAAGAAUGUGAAGCCCUUCUUGGUCACAUUUUACAAAAUGUAAUAAAGUCUCAAUUACCAGAAUUAAUUUUUGAAGUAAAAAAUGAAGAAGAUUCCAUUCAAUUUAGAGAAGAAGGAAAUCAACAUUUCGUGAUGGGCGAUGAUAACGAAGCUAUAAAAUAUUAUACAAUGAGUUUGGCAUAUGCAAAUAAUAAUGAACUUAUGUCCUAUGCUUAUGCCAAUCGAUCUGCUGCUUUGUAUAGAAAACAAUUGUUUAAAGAAUGUUUGAUAGAUAUUGAUGCUGCUUUAAAUUUUGGAUAUCCAGAAGAAAAAAGAAAAAAAUUAAAAGAAAGAGGAAUUAAAGCAAUUGAAGAAAUUAAAAAAAAAUUGAAACUUACAAAUAAUGAUCAUAUUGAUUCAGAAAUAUUUACAAAUAUGUGUUUAUCAGAAAAUAUAAAUAAUGAAUCAGAAAGAUCUUUUACUGUAAAAUAUAGAAAUGGUGAAACAAAACUUUCAGAUAUAAAUAAAAAUUUUAACAUUAAUGACAAGAAAGAUACAAUGCAUAGUUUGAACAAAAUUACUAAAAAUAAUGAAGAAAAACAACCAAGAUACUUAGCAGAUGAAGGUCCUUUAAAAUUAAUUUAUGGUCCUAGUAAAGAAGCUCCAGCAAUCAGUGAUGGUAUCAGCAUUUCUUUUUCUGAAAAAUAUGGGCGUCAUUUAGUAGUUACAAAAGAAUUUAAACCAGGAGAUAUAAUUACUAUUGAAGAUCCAUAUGCAUAUGUUAUUUACACACAAAGAUAUUAUACUCAUUGUCAUCAUUGUUUAUCAAGAAGCUAUAAUUUAAUUCCUUGUUUACAUUGCCCUGUGGCUCAAUAUUGUUCAGAAAAAUGUAGAAUAUUAGCUUGGGAAAUGGCUCAUGAUAUAGAAUGUCCAAUUAUGGCAUUAAUUGGAAAUUUACUUCAUGUUGAUAAGGAUAAAAUACGAAUGCUUACCAAAAUUAUUAGAUUUCUGAUCAUAGUAACAGCAAAAGGUAAAAAUAUCAAUGAACUGCGUGCUGACAUGAAAUUAGCUGAAUCUAAUCCAGAUAAUAGAACUGCAGGAUUUACAGAUGAAGACAUAUUGGAUAGUACCAGUGCACGAUCUGCUUUGAGUCUUGCUACCAAUAUGACAAUGAGACCACUUAUUGGAAUCAGUGCUUUUGCUUGUAUUUCAGCUCUCGCGGCUAUCCUUUUAGCCACACAGACUAAUUUUUUCUGCAAUAAAUAUGAAGUGAACCAAUUAAAAGACAUUAACAAUUAUUCAGACAUUAUAUUUUGUAGCAGCAUCAUGUUUCGUGCAUGUGUUAUAAUGUCUUCCAAUUGUUUUUCAGUGCAACAAGAGCCAGGGAUUAAAGUAGGUUCAGGAUUAUAUGUAACGAAUAGUUUAUAUAAUCAUUCUUGUGCACCAAAUACAUUUCGUCAUUUCGAAGGGCUCACAAUGAUUACCCGCGCUUUAAAACCAUUAUAUCCUGGAGAUCAAAUAUUCACAAGUUAUGGUGCUGCAUAUGCAUAUAUGACAAAAUCUGAAAGAAGAGAAAAAAUAAUGCAAGACUAUUUUUUCGAAUGCGAUUGUAUCGCAUGUGAAUUUGAUUGGCCUAUAUAUGAAAAAAUUUUGCAAAAUCACAUUGGUUCUAUUAGUAAAAAUAAAGAGCUUGUAGGAAAAUUGAAACCUUAUAAACAAAGAUUGGCGAAAAAUAUGUACGAUAUUGAUGCAGUAAAGUCGGUUCUUGGUAUAUUAUAUAAUGAAGUAUCCCAGCCAUGUGAAGAAAUCGUUCAUGCGGAACAAUACCUGAAGAGUUAUUAUUUAGAUCCAUAAACAUCAAUAUUAAUUAAAUUAUCAAUGAAAGACAUAAAAUAUUCCUAAAAACAUUUUAUUGAAGUUAUACAUGAUGUUUAUCUAAUUCCUAAAAAAAUGUGCAUAGCUUCUUAUACACGAUACAUUUGUGUAAAUAUCCAAACUAAUUAAAAACAUGUAACAUAGAUAAUGAAAUUCAUUAAUGAAAAAAUUUAAAAAUCUAUACCAUAUUUUCAAUAAUGCAAUAGAAAAAUUGAUAUAUUAUGUAUUUUACAUCAUUUACUGUAAAAAUCAAAUGCUUUAUACUCACAUAUACAAUAUAUUUUUACAUUAAAGCAUAUGAGGCUUGUAAAUUUACCAAAAUGAAUUUUUGUUGAUCUUAUUUUAUAAUAUAAACUAAUUAAAUGUCACAUUGUAAUCUUAUGAUAUUAAUAAAAACUAUAAAAGCAAUAAAGA